UUUGGAAGGUGCAGGAUGCACAAUGAACAGCUUGUAGUCCAUCCAUGCGGCAUUGUACUUCCUCAGGCAACCUUCUAUGGUUCCAAGGGCAUGUCCUCAGUCACACCUUUCCUCAUGUCCAUAUUCCCCACAUGCAAGGCCAUGCCUGAGGUGUUGGUCUUUGACAACAACUGCACUCUAGGCCAAUAUCUUCACUUCAAGGAGACUGCACUUGUGGUGGAUGUCUUCCACUACAAGAUGAAGCAUGCAGACAACAAUGUCUAUUGCAGCACUCACUGCAAUCUGGCAUCUUUCCCUGAGUUGUACGACCCAGCAUCCAAAACCUGGAUGUUCAACUCCUUGGCAUGCAAGCAGACCAAUGCAUGGAUAUGCAAGUAUCAGGGUCAGCUGCAAGAGAUGAGUGCCAUUCGAUUCAAGUUCUUCCUUGAUGAGGUGAUCAAGGUGAGGAAUGAGGUGAUCAUAGAGGGCUUGGAGCAUCGAGGUUUUGCUCCU